ACGGAGGGAGGCAGAAUUCGGCGCUGUAAGCAGGUUUGCCAAGGAGGAGCGGAGCAUCGCUUAUCGAGGUACUUUGACCUUCAGUCUUAAGUCAAAAAUGGCCACCCCGAAUGAUAUCCAGGUCAAGGAGCUGGACAAACGGGCCUCUGGUCAGGCCUUUGAGGUGAUCCUGAACCCUUCCACCCAGGAUGCCAAGGGUGAGUUCCCCCUCUCCCCCCCGAAGAAGAAGGACGUCUCCCUGGAGGAGAUCCAGAGGAAACUGGAGGCUGCGGAGGAGAGGCGCAAGUCUCAUGAGGCCGAGGUCCUGAAGCACUUGGCUGAGAAGCGAGAGCACGAGAAGGAGGUCCAGCAGAAGGCCAUGGAGGAAAGCAGCAACUUCAGCAAGAUGGCAGAGGAGAAGCUCAACCAGAAGAUGGAGGCCAACAAAGAGAAUCGCACCGCGCGCAUGGCAGCUAUGAACGAGAAAUUCAAGGAGAAGGACAAGAAACUCGAAGAGGUGCGAAAGAAUAAAGAAAAUAAGGACGGAGAAGAAAACUGAACCGGGGUGGAAGAGUUUUUUUUGUUUUGUUUUUUAAAAAAAAAAUCCAUUUCCAAAGAGGGUUUUUCUCUCCGUGUCAUGGCCAGUAUUUCAGUGUUUGGUUUUGUUCACUGCUGACCUUGGACAGAAGAGAAGAUAAAGUAAGUUCCUCUUGUUUACCCCAGCUCCAAGUGUACCCACGAUAGGUUUUCAUGUGGCUUUUUCCUUGUCGCGUUGCAUCAGUUUUCCUAUUUGCAGCUUUUGAUCAUUUUUGAAAUAAGCAGUGUUUUUUUUUUCCCUGUGAGACAGCAUGUCCCUAUGCAUUGAUCCUUAACUCUAGAUAUUAUACAGUGCAAGUUGGAAAUUAAGGUAUUAGAGCUGCAUAAAGUAGCACAUGGUUGUGUAUUUCGACCCAUUUUUUUUAGCCGUUAAUCGCGGGUAUGUUGCAGCUAUAUCGUGAUAAAUGUUGUAAAUUCUAUCUUGCUGGUUUCGCUGUGAACAUUCCUUUUUGUGUGUGCUUUGUGGGUCUGCACGCCGAAGUUGGGGGGGGUUCAUAUUUAAAGCACAUGAUGUACCCAAGGACUCACCAGGACAGCCAACCUGUGGAUGGAAUGACAGGGACAACACACUGAAAGCGACAGCAAUAUACUUGAUUACAACAUGGUGGAUAACUUAGUUGGCUUGAACUGUGUACUAAAAAAUGCUAAUAAAACCUCAUUUGUUUUGUGAAA